CGCGUGACUGUCGGACACAGGCAAAACGGGGAGCAGCUUCCCCAGUCUCCGCCAGGGGGCGUUACAGCUCGUUUUUUGCGCAUGCGCUACAGAGGACACGUGGCCUGUGUUUAUCUUUGCGCAUGUGCGAGACGAAGAGCCGGGAGGUCGGGGGACGGUGUGUGUGUGUGUACGCGCAGAGUCAACGCUCCUGUUUCGGGCGAACCGGCCUGAGUUUCCAUCUGCCAUCAGAUGUCUUUCUGCCUGACUGAGAUGCACUUGUGGUCUUUGAAGAAUACUUUACAUGUUGCGGAUGAAGACAUUGGGAUCCAUCAAUACUAUGACAAGAAAGAACCAGUAUCACAAAUGAACCAUGGUUACUUAGAAGAGAAACAACAGCUUGUGGAAUCUCGAGAUUGUCCUUGGAUACUUAAAAACAAACGCCCAGAAAAACUGCGUGAUGCUCUCAAGGAGCUGGAGGAGCUGAUGCAAAACAGUCAGUGUGUGCUGAGCAAAUGGAAGAAUAAAUAUGUCUGUCAGCUCCUCUUUCGUUCAGGUGUACUGGUGUCCCUAAGCCUUUCUGGGCCACAGCUGGAGAAAGUGGUGAUUGACAGGACCCUGGCAGGGAAGCUCAUCUCCGACACCAUCAGUGAUGCUGUUCUUACAGACAGUUUCAUCAUCUUGUCAUUUUGGGAGCAAAACAAACUCUGCUUCAUUCAGUUUACAAAGAAGACAGGUUCUCCUGAUGUAAACAAAAGACUGGAAAAACUCUCAUCCUUGGAUUUUAAGAUUGCUUAUAUUGAUAUACCUGGACCAGCAAGUAGAAGGAUAAAACGUCACCUGUCAAUAAAUUGUAUCCAAGAUAUGGUCAUUUGCUGGUGGUCACUGACUAAUGACGGAGCAUGGCCUUGGUCUCCUAUUUCCAGUGAGAGGGACAGAGCCAACUUAUUGUUAUUAGGCUAUGCACAUGGGAGACUAGAGGUUCUGAGUUACAUCCGUACAGAAUGGGAUCCACUUGAUGCUAGCUUUAGCACUACUCAGCCUUGCCAGGUUCACACAGUGGAGCACUCCAUCAGCGCAGACAAAGAGCCCAUGGCUGACAGCUGCAUCUAUGAGUGGGUUAGGAACAAAAUUCAGUGCAUGGCAGUCACCAGAAUACCACUAAGAUCCAAGGCCAUCUGUUGUUGCAGGAACAUUGCAGAAGACAAGCUGCUCCUGGGCUGUGAAGAUUCUUCAAUAGUUCUGUAUGAAGCCCACCAGAGAGUGACUCGGUUAGCCCAGGCAGAACUGUUGCCUGCUUUAAUAAACUGCCACCCCAGUGGAGCCAUAUUUGUGGUUGGCAGCUCUCAAGGGGAGCUGCAGCUUUUUGACAUGGCACUGUCCCCAAUUAAAAUACAGCUUUUGGCAGAAGACUGCUCACCUAAAGCAACUUUGCAAUUCAGUAAACGGUUUGAUGUGUCUUGCAGCCUCACCCAGAUACAAUGGGCAGUUCCUCACACUGCGUCUGACAGGGACAACAGCAUGGAUGUUCAUGACCUUCUGUUAAUUCAGUUUGACAAAGGACCUUUAGGAGUACUUCAGUUUAAACUCGGUGCCAUCACAAGAGGACGGCUGGGCCUUGUGGAAAUCAUCCACCAGUAUGUUCGGUAUGAUGAGAUAGAUGAGGCGAUUAGUGUCCUGAGCAGCAUGAACUGGGACACAAUGGGUCAUCAGUGUUUCAUAAGCAUGAGUGCCAUUGUAAAUCACCUUCUUAGACAAAAGCUGACACCAGAGAGAGAAGCACAGCUUGAAGCAAGCCUUGGAGCCUUUUAUACUCCAACAAGACACCUGUUGGAUACGACUGUGUUGGAAUACAGAGACCCAAUCAGCAGAUAUGCAAGAAGGUUCUUCCACCACCUGCUCAGAUCAUUUAGACAUACAAAGGGUGUGUCUACAGAGGAAACUAAGCCUGCGGCCUGUGUGACCCAUGCCUGCAGACUCCGUACUUCCAAGUCAGCACUUGAGCAUCCACACUGCAUUGGAAACCUGAUUCCCACAAAGGUGCUGAUGCAUCCAUACGGCGCUACCUGAGUCAGAAUUUCAGCUUCUGUGAGUGUGAACCAUCGUAUCCCAGAGUUCUAGUGCCCUUACCAGCUGAAGCCACUCUAGGGCUUGGUUCGUAGUGCGUCUUGGGAGAACUUGUCUGUCCAUCCCAUGGGCGUUGACCAGAAUUAUUUUGGGUGGUUUUAGCCGACCAGCACAUCCAGUCAAGCCAUUUUGCAUCCACAUGCUCCCAGCAGCCAGAGCCAUCAACAUGGAUUUUGAGCCAGUGGAAGGACUUCUCCAUCUAUGCUGUCAGUCCUAUUUUAGGAAUCAGGCAGAGUGUCUGCAAGACACUGGUGGACAUUUUGGCGGCAUUUAGGAAGGGGAUACUGACAUGCCAGCAGCUGAUGCUGCUCAUGCCUAUUGCCUUAGCCACAGAUUCACCCUAUGUAGACCGGUGCUUCUGGAGCUGGGCCACAAGCACAGACUGGUGGGAUCACAUCAUCAUGUGGACCUGCGAUGACCAAUAGUGGGUCCAGCACAUUCACAUGAAGUAGAUGUUCCAGGAGGUUUGGGAUCAGCUUGCCCCAGCAACAGGACAUCCUCAUGAGGGAGGCCACAAAAGUCCAGAAGCAGGUCGCUAUAGCCUAAUGGAAGCUGGCUACCCCACAUUGCCACAGGUCUGUGGCUAACAGUUUGGAGUUGCAAAUCAACCGUGGGCAUUGUUGUGACAGAGGCUUGUGAUGCAAUCAGGACUGUGAUGUACCCAAAGGUGGUGGGCAUUACAGAUGUUCCUGAAAUAAUUGCUGGCUUUGAGAGAAUGGGCUUUCCAAACUGUGCCAGUGUCAUUGAUGGAUCUCACGUGCCUGUAGUUGCCCUCUGCAAGGAGCACAUGAGUACAUAAACUGCAAAGGGUACACUGCAUCGUUAUGCAGGCCCUGACCACAGGGGCAGAUUCAUGGACACUAGCGUGGGAUGCACUAGCAGGGUGCAUGAUGCCAGGAUAUUCGAGAGAUCAGGACUUUAUCUUCCUGGACAAACUGGGCCAUUAUUUCCACCAAAUGACAUUGUUAUGAAUAGUCACCGUUCCCUCUGUUAUUCUAGGGGACCCCUCUUACCCCCUGUUGCCAUGGCUUAUAAAACCGUACCCUUAUUUCAGAGGACCUGACAAAAGGAAGUUCAACUAUAUGCUCAGUAACUGUAGGAACAUGGUGGUGGAAUGUGUAUUUGGCAGAUGGAAAUCCCAUUGUCACUGCCUUCAAAACUGUUUGGAUACCAGUGUCAUUAGUGCAGUCCACAUUACUGUGAUCGGCAGUGUUUUGCAAGAAAAAGGGGGAACGUUUUAGCCAGGAGUGAUCUCAAGAUACUGCCAGAUUUCUGAAUGGUACACGCAGCCAGACAGUGCACCUGUUGUGACUGGUGCUGGAUCUACAUGCACAGUGGAAAUCAGGGAUGUUUUGUGCACCCAUGUAAUGGGUUUAUACGGUCCCAUACAUAAGGCGGAAUUAAACUGUAUUUGGGGUAGUGCUGUGUUAUGGAUGUGGGGCAGCUGUAGGAUGUUUUUAAAAUGUGCAGAUAUUAUGUAUUGUGAAUUUUGUGAGGCUGUAAUGAAAUGUAUGGAGAUGAGUUGUGUAUUUUUGUCAAUACUGGCCAUGUACUGCCACUCACAGUUUAUGGAUUACUGUGAUAACAGUUCGUAAAUUUUUAUUCUGAAGUUUAUUGAGAAUGGGCAAGUGAUGAAAUUCAUUACAGUCUGUGCCACUUUUAACCUUUGAUACAAUGAAACUUUCUCUUGUUGCCUUCUGUGCAAAUUCAACUCUUUAUUUUACACAGGUGUUUACAUUCCAAUGUAAGAACCAGAAAGGCAGACCUGCAGCCAUCAAAAUGUACAACACAAUAAAUAAACUCAGUGCC